AGGUAAGGGCUGAGGUUUAAAAAACAAAAAUAAAACCCGAGGGAAGCCGAGGCCUAGUGGCAGUAGUGGGUCAGAGAAAUUGUUGAGGAUCCCUACUACCACAUAUCCCGGAGACUCAGGCCCUUCAUCUACAACGCUCCAGAUCGUGAGGGUCUUCAGGUUCCUGUUGCAGUGUCGCUCUUGGGGCACGAUACUCCCUGUAUUGGAAGGAUCACGCUUUAUUAACCAGAGAAGAGGAGCCAGUCCAUCAAGGGGGUCACUGAGACAAAUGAGCGCGCAGCCUGUUAUUUCAACCUACCCCCAAGAGAGCACCGGUCAGAAUGGAGUGAGCGGUGCCUCGCUCCAGAACACCAGCACUGGCAGUGGGAGCAUCAAUGCCCGCCAAGUGCCACAACUCAGCCCACUCAACCCCACAGGGGGUGGCAAGGCCAUGGCGCCGAGCAAACAGAGCAAGAAGAGUGCAGUGCACAACAAGGAGAGCGAGGAGUACCGGCAGCGGCGCGAGCGCAACAACCUGGCCGUCAGGAAGAGCAGGUUAAAGAGCAAACAGAAGGCACGCGACACGCAGCAGAGAGUUGACGAGCUGAAGGAGGAGAAUGAGAGGCUCGAAGCAAAGAUCAAACUGCUCACCAAGGAACUGAGUGUCUUAAAGGAUUUGUUCCUGGAGUACGCACAUAGUUUUUCUGAUAAUGGGCACCCCUCAUUUACUGAAGGCACUGGAUCUGAGCAGGAGACUGGCAAUGGGGAGCAGUAGGCUGGGGGCAGACACCCAAAGAAAUCUUACAGAGAGGGGCCUUUACCUCAGACUCUCUAAUUUAAGGUUUCAUUGCACAAUGAUGCUUCUGUUGCCGAAAUUCCUGUCGCUUCGUGCUUGUGGUUGGAAGGAACUCGAGGCCUUGAUGCAACAGAAGAAUUGACUGUGUCCAAAUCACGAGCACACUCAAAACUGACAGAUAGCACUAGCACCAAUUCCCGUCAAGCUGCCAAAUGUCCUUCCCUCAUCCUCUCGAUUUUCUCCUCAUUCUUUCAUUACACUGAAGGGACGGUAUCAGGGCUGUCCAUUCCCAAGUGUGUCCAUAUCCCAUUUCAUCUCGUUCAUUUUACUGGGUGAAAACUUGUGAGCUGCAGUGAUCCACAGCAGAGAGAUCUCACACUGGGUUGCUAACGUUGGCAGAACAGAAGGGGGCGGAGAGGCUCAUACUGGGUACUGAGCCCCAUUUCACUGUUUGCUCGCGUUGGCAGAACAGACCAGGGUAGAGAGAUCUCACACUGGGUACUAACCCCCUCUUCACCGUCUCCUUAUGGUAGCUUAGUCGUUAGUGCAACACUGUGACAGCUCAGGGUGUUCAGAGUUAAAUCCUUGUGUCCUCUGUUGGGAGUUUUUGCAUCUGCUCCAUGACAUGCAUGGGUUUCCUCCCACAGUCCAAAGAUGUACUGGUUAGUAGGUUAAUUGGGCAAUGUAAGUUGUCCCAUGAUUAGGCUAGGGUUAAGUCAGAGAUUGCUGGCACUGCAGAUGAAAGGGUUGGUAGGGUGUGUUCCACGCUGUAGCCCUAAAUAAAUAAAUAGACCAGGAUAGACAGGUUCCACACUGGGUACUGAGCCCCAUUCCUCAAGGUUUGAUCGCACUGGUGGUACAAACCAGAACUGGCAGACCUGCAAUUGCUGCAUCACGAGGCUCUCCAUCUGCACUGUUGGCCAGUUCAAGCACUUCUCAGCACUUGGCUUGUCCAGAUAGUGAAGCUGUCUGGACUUGCUGGGUUGUUGAUGGAGGCAACUGGGCUAGUUGAAUGAGAUGGUGGGAAGUUACUGGGGGAUCGGUGGUGAUAUCACUUCUAGAUUUGUAUGCCUGGAGAUGUUUGGGGCCUGAUGUAAGGUUCUGCCCAGACGUAAUGUUGCUUCAGCUUCCAUUAUAUCUGUGUUACUCAUUGAAACCCCUACAUGUGCCUCCUUUAUUACCACAUCCCAGCAGUUUCCUUUCUAACAAGUUGCUGCUUAUCCUGACAGAUUUCCUGAUCCUGGAAAUUAUACCCUCAGAAGCAGCAGACACUGCAUUAAAAUCCCUUCGCUCGAUCUGUUUUGGUCGUUGUGUUCUUUUAAAGUUUGUGUUAGAACCCAAAUAAUUCCUUUGUGUAAGCGAAUCAGAAAAAUCAAAUUUUAAUGUGUGCUUUCAAAUAACAGAAUGAACUGGCAAGGAUACCAUAUGCUGGACAAUUUAAACCUAUUCUAUCCAUGCUGAUUAAGGUGAGUGAUGCAAUCUUCAGUUGUAAGAAUGGAGAUUAAAAUACUAAUGUUCACAAGGGUAUUUCUAUCUGUGACAUUGUUUGCAUUGGGCAGUAAGUCUGGGCCAGCGAGCUAGGCACCUCCACUGGUGAUUACAGUUUAGUCUCUACAUUUACAUGGUCCUGCCUUAUAGUAACUAUUGACCAUAUCACAUUCACCAGGAUGUUGCCUGCAUUUCUGAGACCUCAGUUACAGGAAGAGAUUGGAUUGGCUGGGCUCGUUUUUACUGGAAUAAAGGCUGAGAGGUGACCUGAUAAAGCUACACUUAAUUUCAUUUAUUUAGAGGUACAGCACAGUAACAGGCUGUGUCAACCCAAUGAGCCUGCAUUGCCCAGUUACACCCCUGUGACCAGUUAACCUACUGGCCUGUACAUCUUUAGAAUGCGGGAUGAAACCAGAACACUCGGAGGAAGCUCACACAGUCACAGGGGAAAUGUACAAACUACUUACAGACAGCAGUGGAAUUAACCCAGGUCACUGGGGCUGUAAAGCAUUACGCUAACCACUGUUUUACCAUGCCACCCUGCAGAGUCUAACAUAAAAUUGUAAGAGGCAUAAAUAGGUUAGAUAGAAUGUUUUCAUCUCAUGGUGGUGGUUGCCAUGAUAUCUGAUGAUGGUCUGUGUGGGAGAGUUCUUAAAGUGGAAAAGCCAUUGCACUGGGCCUGUUCCACUCUUCAGCUUGGAAGUCCAGUUGCAGUGGUACGGGUAGUCAUCACAACUGGGGUCUUCCUUGACUGCAGGAGAUGACAGUGACUUCUGUGCUUCAUCAUGCCCGUCGCUCUUCACAGAACAUUGCAGAUCUGCCUUCCUGGCCAUUAGAUCUCACCUGCCCAGUUUGCCAGAGCUGACAUAGACACGGCCCUAUCUCACCGGGGUACAAGUCCUGCCGGUUACCCUCAACUGGUUUAGUCUGCCUGUCUUUGGAAUGUGGGAUGAAGCGGUGUAUUGGGGUGUGACCGCUGUUGCAUGCAAAGAACCAUAGUCGAGAGCUGAGUGUAACCUCAAGGAAGGGAUAUCCGAACAAGAGGACAGAGAUUUAAGGUGAGAAAAAUAGAGUGGCUGAUAUCCAGAACUCGCUGUUAGAAGACAAAGUGGAAUAAGGUACAAAGUGACAUUCAAACAGGCAAGGCAUAGAAGGAUGUGGUCUUCAUGGGAGUAAAUGGGAAAAGGCCAAUGAAACAAUUAAUCACCCUCGAAUCUAUGUGGAUAUCUAGCUAUAUCUUGGUCGAGGUAGUUGCAAUUAUGGCCACCAAAAUUGGAGUCUGCACUGUGCAGAGAAGGUCUCUCAGCAUUUUCAUCUGGGGGAAGUUAUAGAGAUGGCAAGGAGCACCACUAUGGAGGGGUCUGGUGAGAAUAUUAAAACUGUGAAGCAAAAGCUAGUGUUGACUGAGUAAGGCUGAGGGGUAGGAGCUGGGUGGGCAGUUCCAGUGGGCUCAGACUGACCAAUAGCCUGGAUGUUCUGUGACUCCACAAACUCAAUCAGUGUCCAGCACCAGUGGUCAAUAAUACAACAGCUAAUUCUCCUUUCACGGCCACCCUCACUGGUGGAUGGCAGAUCAGUAGGGUUUCUCCUGGCAACUUCAAAAACCAGAGGUUAGUUUCCAGGGAACAGGAAACAGAUCUCUCCCACCACAAACUGCUGAACAGGGCCAUGGGAUCCUCCGAAUGUCCAGUCAGUGCAACAACACCCCACAAUGUCUAGGGAAUGCAAGAAGUGUGAGUCAUAAAACAAUCAAGGAUCGUCUUGACACAUUCUGAUUGUCAAAAUCUUAUGUAAUAAAAGUUCCUCAGCUGGUUUUACAGUUUUUAGAGAACAGAAGUUUACAGAUUGUGAAAGAAGUGUUUGAAUUUCUGAUGUUUUUAUCAAAGGCAUAUCUUGGGAGUCCGAGAAGACCCAAUCUGUGGAUAAUUACUCUGUUCCCCAGAGUGUUGCAGUGCUGGCUUGGACGUGAUCGAGUCCAAGAAACAAACUGCGUGGAGCCAGAGGGAUGGUCAAUGCUUGAGGUCCAAGCCCUGCAUCUUUUUAUUUGUAAUUUAUUUUCUAUUGAAGUUCAUCAUCAAACAUUUCCAUAAGACGUAUUUCAGAUAUUGUACAUAUAUAUCAUAUAAUCAUAUUUGCCUCAAAUCUCCACAUCAUAUUUAUCUGAGGUAUACACCUAUAGAAAACAGAGGAAAGAAAGAACAAGCAAAAGGAGAAAACUAUGUACAAGUAGAGAGUGAUCUUUUUUACAACAUUUUCAUUGAUUUGUGAGAAUAAAAUCAGGCCUAUGAGGUGUUAUGUAGUUAAACCAUUUUUCCCAGUAUGAAUCAAAUUGUUCCAACUUAUGAUUAACAGAUGCUGUUAUCUUCUCCAUUUUGUAAAUGUCCAUCAUAAUUUCCAUCCGUGUGUUUAAAGUUGGGCUCUCCUGUGAUAACCAUUUCCUGGUAAGAGUCUUUUUACCAGCCACCAGCAGUAUAUUCAUUAAAUAUUUAUCUCUUUUCAACCAUCCUUGAGGUACAUACCCAAAAUAUAUGGUCUUGGUUUCUAAAGGUAUUUCACAUUUAAAAAUGUCUUGUAGGGCUUUGUGUAUCCCACUCCAAUAGUCUUUGAUAAUGGGGCAAUCCCAGAAAAUAUGAUAAUGGUUUGCAUUUUGAUUUCCACAAUUUCUCCAGCAAACAGGGAGGUUAUUAUCAUAAUGGGAUUUCUGAGAGGGUGUAAUAAUAUAUCUUAUCAAGUUUUUCCACCUGAACUCCCUCCAUUUCUGUGAACUGGUAUACUUCCAUUGAUACCUCCAUAUUACUGUCCAUUCUUCCUCAGAUAUAAUUAUCCCUUCUUCCUUUUCUCAUUUUGUUUUAACGUGUGAAGUUGAAUGAGUUUUAAGAUUUGACAAACCCUUAUACACGCUUGAAAUGAUUCUACUACCGUUAUCUGAAUCAUAUGCUUUUCUAAAUAGCUCUAUCAAACACGUGCUUGCCUUGGUUACAUUUUUAACCCUCCUGUUAACAUACUGUUGCAUCUGUAGAUACCGAUAAAAAUCUUGUUUUUCUAAUAAGUGUUUCUCUUUGAGCAUUUCAAAACUGAACAGUGUUCCUUCUUUCAUUAUAUUGCAAAGAACUGUUAUUCCUUUAGCUGUCCAGUCCUUAAAUCUAGCAUCCAGUUUAUUCGGCGUAAAAUCCGAGUCAUAUGCACACCAUUUAACAAUUGCAAUAUCUCCCUCUAGCUUAUAUUCUUUUAUAAUAGUUUUCCAUAUUUUAAGAGUCAAUUUCACCCAUGGAUUAUCAAUAGUAUUUAUGUACCUUUGUAGGUUGUUAUCAGCCAAAAUUGCCUGUAUGGGGAUGGGAGGUAUCCCCUCCUCAAUGUUUUUCCAUUGAGCAUCAUAUGAUGGGUUGCACCAACAUAUCACAGCUCUCAACUGUGCUGCAAAAUAAUAAUCUCUAAGAAAAGGUAGGCCCCAUCCCUGCUUUUCCUUGGCUAAUUGCUAAGUUUUGAGACGAACUCUAGGCCUUACCUUGCCAUAUAUAUCUUGAUAACAUUUUAUUCCAUUCAUUGAAUUGAUUCUGAUUAAUCUAUAUUGGUAGGGUCUAAAAGAGAUAUAAUAGUCUGGGCAUUAUAUUCAUUUUAAUAGAUUCAAUCCUUGGACUGAGACUAAAAAAAGGAAUUAGGUUCCAUCUUGCUAUAUCUUCCUUAAUUUUUUUAUAUAUAGGCUGAUAAUUGCAUUCUGAUAAUUUUGCCAAAUUUUUUGGCUUGAUGCCCAGAUAUUUGAAAGACUCUGUUUGCCAUGCCCAGGGAUAUGUACUUUCAAUUUCUCUUGGUGGGCUAUAGUUAUGUGAAAGUAAUUGGGUUUUAUCUAUAUUGAUCUUGUAUCCUGAUAAUUGAUCAUAUUGUUCAAAGGAUUGCAUCAAUUUAGGUAAAGAGUAUAUUGGUUGCCCUAGAUAGAUCAAAAUGUCAUAUCUGCGUAACAGGCCAAUUUAUGCUCUGUCCCUUUAAUAGUAAUUCCCCUGAUAUCUUCAUUUUGUCUGAUGUAUUGAGUAAUGGUUCCAGAUAUAAUGUGAAGAGUAGUGGUGACCAUGCACAACCCUGUCUUGUGCCCCUUUCUAGGGUAAAACUAUUUGAUAAAUAUCCAUUGAUUUUAAUCCUAGUAGUAGGGUUGUCGUAUAGUGCCUGUAUAGUUUUAAUAAUUGUUUCAUGGAAACCAAAUCUAUGUAAAACUCCGCAAAAAGAAUUCCAAUUAACCGAAUCAAAUGCCUUUUCAGCGUCCACACUUAUCACUAUUGCUUCUAUUUUAUUUUUUUGUAUAUGAUCCAUAAUGUGAAGCGUCCUUUGUAUAUUGUCUUGUGUUUGGCGUUGUUGCGUAAAACCUGUCUGAUCCUUAUGUAUCAGUAUGGGUAGAAACUCUUCUAAUCGUUUGGCCAUGAUGGAGGUAUAUAAUCUAUAAUCUACAUUAAGAACGGAUGUUGGUCUGAAUGACCCACAUUCCAUUUUAUCUUUGCCUUCUUUUGGUAUAGCUGAGAUUAUCGCUUCCUUCCAGCUGGGUGGCAUUUGUGCCUUUUUUAGAGCCCAGUUCAGUGUGGGGAGUAAGCCAGGAAUUAACUCAUUUUUAAAUUCUUUGUACCACUCUGCCGUAUACCCAUCUGAACCUGGUGACUUGCUUAAUUUAAGCCUGCUAAUUGCAGCUUUUAGUUCAACUUCAGUUAUGUCAGCAGUCAUUGUUCUAUUUUGCUCUUUGCCUAAAGUGGGUAACUCAGAGAAUUCAGGAAAGUGCCAAUUUGGGCUAUGCUUCCCCCUGGAACUUUGGAAUAUAGUUUUGUAAAACACUUCAAAAGCUUCUUGAAUUUCACUUAGCUUAUUUUUUUUAUCAUUUUGGUUCUUAGAUCCCUAAUUCUAUGAAUUGUAUUUUUUGCUAUCUUUUUCUUCAGUUUCCACGCCAGUAUAAACAUAGACUUAGAUCCACUUUCAUAAUGUCUCUGUUUCGGAAUCAUUAAAUUUUUCCUGAUUUCUUGCGUAGCCAAACUAUUAAUUUCAUUCCUAGUUUUUAAAAUUUCCUCUAAUGUAUCCUGUGCCAAAUUCAAUUUGUUUUUUUUUUCUAGUUCCUUCAGCCUAUUUUGUAAUUCCUCUAAUGUUUUAUUCCUUAUUUUUUUCUUGUAUGAAGAUAUCGCUAUAAUUUUCCCUCUUAAGACAGCCUUCAGAGUAUCACAUAGAAACCUCUCCAUCAUCAUUGAAUUCUAAGUAAAGACCAAUUUCUUUUUUAAUUUGUUCCUUAAAGUAGGGAUUAUUGAGUAGACUUGAAUUUAGUUUCCAAAUAGUAUUCUUUGGUUGUAGGUCAAAAUCAAUAGAUAAAUAUAUAGGUGCAUGGUCACUUACAUCUAUUGUCCCAAUUCCACAGGUGUUUAUUUCAUCUUUGUCUUUUCCAAAUGUUAUGAAAUAGUCUAUUCUUGUAUAUACAGAAUGGGGGCAGAAUAAUGAGUGUAAUCCCUUCUGUUGGGGAAAAGGUCCCUCCAUAUAUCAAUUAAACCAACAUCCUUCAAAAGUGUAUUAACUCUCUUAUGUAAGGAUUUUGUUUCAAAGGUUUUUCUAUUGAAAGAGUCUAACUUUGGUUGUAAUUGUAAAUUUAAGUCUCCCCCACAUAUCAGGAGACCUUCUGUUUCCGUUACCGUAAUAUCAGUAAUUUUCUGAAAGAAACUAAUAUCACUUCCUGGGGGAGCGUGUAUAUUCAAUAGAGUAAUUGAAUUUCCACCUAUAUUCCCCCUUACCAGAAUAUAUCUGCCCUCCUUAUCUCCCAUUUCGAAUACUUUUUCAAAAUUUAGCUUGCUUGAGAUAAGAAUAGCAACUCCUCUCCUAUGUCCUGAUUUAUAUGAGGAGAAAAAUGAAUUAGUGAAGCCCAUUCUCUUUAGUUUUCCAUGCUCAUUAUUGCUUAAGUGAGUUUCCUGUAAAUAUACUACAUGGGCUUAUUCUUUUUUAAUUUUGGAUAGAAUUUUACUGUGUUUGAUUGGAUUUAACAGCCCAUUGACAUUAAAAGAAAUGAAUUUUACUUUGUCCUUAGCCAUGUGUAUUUAUCUGUUAAUAUAUCAUUGAAAUUAGCAGAAUAAAGCUUAAUCAAUCUACUCCCUGAACAAAUAAGAACCAAGAAAAGCGAAUAAUAAAAAGGUUACGAAGGUGUGAUUCCAAGGCUGAGGUCUCGAGUAGAUGACCUUAAGUUAGGCUGGAGGAAUCGUCUAGCCGUGGGGGAUCGCCCCUCCUCCCUGUGAGUUGGGGACCCUCAUUACAGUACCCAUAAAAGUAAGUGAACAAGCCUAUGUCCAUUACACAGAGAAGAUUUCCCUGUGUAUUCCUCUCAUAUAGAUAUUUUCAUUUAGUUGGGGGGAAAGGAGUGAAUGAAUGAAUUUUAAAAAAUUGAGUAAUAUAAGAUCCAUAUUAUAAUAAGUAUUUCUUGAAAUAGGUAUAGCACUGUCUAUUUUUGCUUCCGUUUAUCUUAUCAACACUUUUAAAGUUAGCCAAACCUUAUGGCUCUUCUGGAUGGGGUGAGGGCUGUCUUUGGAAAACUCAGUCUCUUCCUGAUAUUCUCUCGCCCUCCUCCUGUCCCCUGCUUUCUUGGUUCUGUUACUAUUUCCCAAGCAGAUCGGGAUAACUGCUCAGCCAGGCUUUCCCUCAGUUUGAUAAGCCCUGCAUCUGAGCUGUGCUCUCAGCCACGCAGCCUAUCAUCGCACUUGGCCUUGCCCUUCUCAAGGAGAAACUUACUACCCUGAUCCGGAGCCAGUCUGAACACUGUGGGAAUAUGGAGCUAUGAUUGAGGUAACCCCACUAUGGGCACCUGGAGCAUUGAGAAAGGAGGCUGGUGUAGGAUUGAAGAUUAGCUUUAUUUAUCACAUGUACAUUGAAACAUGGUGCCACAGUAGUUGACAUAACACUUUACAGUGUCCUUGAUUAGCAAUUGGGGUUCAAUUCCCAUUUCUGUCUGUUAGGUGUAUUGUCACGUACCCUGUGACGGGAAUAAAGAACCAGCAGAGAUGGAAAACACUUUGGAGUCCAGUAUUGCUAUAAACUAUUUAUUAGUAACUACGCAAUACAGUAAUAUAAAUGUAGAUAAAUCAAACAGGUUAGCAAUGGUUUUACAUAUAUAAGUGAGUAUAUCAGUAAGUGUGGAAAUAUAUGUAUGAAAAACCAAGCUUCUUUAAGCCUAGGGUAAAAAGAUACAGUCUUACGAUGAUGAGUAAAGUUCAGUUCAGUUCAAUUAGUGGUAUUCAGUUGAGUGAUGCAGAGAGAGGGAGAGAUUUGAGUCUUCGGGUGAGCUGACGUCGUUGAUCUCAUUGUCCUUUGAAAUCCUUUAAAAGUCACCAACUGUGACUUUAACAAAGGGGACAGGUUUUCUGUGGUGGAGCUAUCCCCCAGGUGAGGGUGGACACGUGGACAACUCCCCACCAGUCAACCCUUUUCCUCCUUCCACUGCAAGAGCAAUGGAUCAAUCGGCCUGAUCCAUCCUCCAAAACCCACUUUUCCUGUGGGCACAACAAUGCUCAUUCAGUGUCCAAAACAUGUGUCCGAGGUCUGUAAUAUCUGACCUCCUAUUUAUCUCACCGUACUGGAUACCAGCUGUCAUUCAAAUAACUCCUCCUUCCACUCUCUGUAAGAAAAUCACAAGCAGGCGAACUGUCCUUGAGAAGUAUCAACACGCUGCCAAAAAUCAUAACAUUGAGUGUCCAUCAAAUAACGCCCUCAGUCAACAUAGCAACUUACGAGCUGCUUGGUGCUGUCUCCAACUCAGCAGAAAUCCAAAAGUUACUUCCAGUGCCUUAAAGUGACAGUCCAACAGUUAGUCUUUGUCUCUAUCUCUCUUUUACAAACAAACUGUUGGUGUUAAAUAACUCUUUCUUCUCAAAAGCACAAUUAAUAGGGGUAAAUGAGCACAGUUCAUAGGGGUAAUUCAGGAUCCCGGCACAGUAUGUUCUACUCAUGACAACAUGGGUUUCCUCUGGGUGCUCCAGUUUCCUCCAGGUUAGUAAGUUGUGAGCAUAGUAUGUCGCCGGGACCGGACGGGAUGGACCCCAGGCUACUGUGGGAGGCAAAGGAGGAGAUUGCUGAGCUUCUGGCGAUGAUCUUUGCAUCAUCAAUUGGGAUGGGAGAGGUUCUGGAGGAUUGGAAGAUUGCAGGUGUUCCCUUAUUCAAGAAAGGGAGUAGAGAUAGCCCAGGAAAUUAUAGACCAGUGAGUCUUACUUCAGUGGUUGGUAAGUUGAUGAAGAAGAUCCUGAGAGACAGGAUUUAUGAAUAUUUAGAGAGGUAUAGUAUGAUUAGGAAUAGUCAGCAUGGGUUUGUUAAGGACAGAUUGUGCCUUACGAGCCUGAUUGAAAUUUUUGAGGAUGUGACUAAACACGUUGAUGAAGGAAGAGCAGUAGAUGUAGUGAAUAUGGAUUUCAGCAAGGCAUUUGAUAAGGUACCCCAUGCAAGGCUUAUUGAGAAAGUAAGGAGGCAUGGAAUCCAAGGGGACAUUGCUUUGUGGAUCCAAAACUGGCUUGCCCACAGAAGGCAAAGAGUGGUUGUAGACGGGUCAUAUUCUGCAUGGAGGUCGGUGACCAGUGGUGUGCCUCUGGGAUCCAUUCUGGGAGCCUUACUCUUCGUGAUUUUUAUAAAUGACCUGGAUGAGGAAGUGGAGGGAUGGAUUAGUAAGUUUGCUGAUGACACAAAGGUUGGGGGUGUUGUUAAUAGUGUGGAGGGCUGUCAGAAGUUACAGUGGGACAUUGAUAGGAUGCAAAACUGGCACUGAGGUUGGACCCUCAGAAGGGGAGGAGGGAAGAGAGGACAGCGGUAGUGAUAGGGGAUUCUAUAGUCAAGGGAGCAGAUCGGAGAUUUUGUGGGGGAGAUCGGGAGUCUCGGAUGGUAUGUUGCCUCCCUGGUGCCUGGGUCCGGGACAUCUCAGAUUGGGUGCAGGUUAUUCUCGAGAGGGAGGGCAAGAAACCAGAUGUUGCGGUCCAUGUAGGGACCAACGACGUGGGUAGGAAGAGUGAGGGGGUCCUGCGUAGUGAGUUCAGGGAGGUGCGAAGCUGAAGGGCAGGACCUCCAGGGUAACAAUCUCAGGAUUGCUACCUGUGCAACAUGCGAGUGAGGCAUGGAAUAGAAGGAUUAUACAGAUCAAUACGUGGCUGAGAGGAUGGUGCAGGAGGGAGGGCUUCAGAUUUUUAGAUAAUUGGGCUUUGUUCCAGGGAAGGUGGGAUCUGUUCUGACGGGACCGUUUACACCUGAACUGGAGGGGUACUAACAUUCUUGCAGGAAAGUUUGCUAGUGCUGCUUGGGGGGGGGGGGGUUUAAACUAAAUUUGCAAGGGGCAGGGAUCCAGAAUGUGAGAGAGGAUAGCGAGAUGAAGUAUAAAGGACAGGUGGGGACUACACGGUUCCGGAAUAUUAAGUGUGAAGUAGAGAAAGGUGAGGCGGAACGAGUGAUAAGGAGGAUACAUGUGUGGAGGGAUGGUCUGACGGAGCAUGGAGUUAAAUGUGCAGAAAGAGUAAGUAAAUAUAAGAAGGACAACAAAAUUCAAGGGGCGUAUAGCCCAGUGAGAGUUCGGGGAGCUGGGUUAUGCACAAUAGGCUGUGAUUUAAACAGAGAGAGGAGAAAUGGAUUAAAAAUUCUAUAUCUGAAUGCGCGAAGUGUCAGAAAUAAGGCGGAUGAGCUUGAAGCUCAGGUGCGAAUGGGUAACUAUGAUAUUGUUGGGAUAACGGAGACAUGGCUGCAGGGGGAUCAGACCUGGGAAUUGAAUGUACAGGAGUAUACGUGCUAUCGAAGGGACAGAAAGGUGGGCAGAGGGGGUGGGGUGGCCCUGUUGGUGAGGAAUGAGAUUCAGUCCUUUGCAAGGGGGGACAUAGAAUCAGGAGAAGUAGGGUCAGUGUGGAUAGAACUGAGGAACAGUAAGGGCAAAAAGACCCUAAUAGGUGUUAUCUACAGGCCCCCAAACAAUAGCAUGGAUAUUGGGUGCAAGUUGAAUAGGGAGUUAACAAUGGCAUGUGGCAAAGGAAAUGUCGCAGUAGUUACGGGGGAUUUCAACAUGCAGGUGAACUGGGAAAAUCAGGUUGGUACUGGACCCCAGGAUAGGGAGUUUGUAGAGAUGCAUUUUUGGAGCAGCUUGUAUGAGAGCCGACCAGGGAUAAGGCUAUUCUGGAUUUAGUGUUGUGCAAUGAACAGGAUUUGAUAAGUGAUCUUGAAGUAACGGAGCCAUUAGGAGGUAGUGAUCAUAAUAUGAUAAGUUUUUAUCUGCAAGUUGAGAGGGAUAAGGGCAGAUCAGAAGUGUCAGUAUUGCAGUUGAACAAAGGAGACUAUGGAGCUAUGAGGGAGGAGCUGGCCAAAGUUGACUGGUCGGAUAUCCUAGCAGAAAAGACAGUGGAACAGCAAUGGCAGGUAUUCUUGGGAAUAAUGCACAAGGUGCAAAAUCAGUUCAUCCCCUGGAGAAGGAAGGAUUCAAAGGGGGGAAAGUGGCCACAGUGGUUGACAAAGGAAGUCAGAGAUAGCAUAGCAUUAAAAAAGUAUAACAGAGCUAAGGUGAGUGGGAAGACGGAUGAUUGGGAAACUUUUAAGGAGCAACAGAACUUAACUAAAAAGGCAAUACGGGGAGAAAAAAUGAGGUAUGAACGCAAGCUAGCUAGGAAUAUGAAGGAGGAUAGCAAAAGUUUUUUUCGGUAUGUGAAGAGAAGGAAGAUAGUUAAGAACAAUGUUGGGCCCUUGAAGAAUGAAUUGGGAGAAAUUGUUAUGGGAAACAGAGAAAUGGCAGACGAAUUUAAUAAGUACUUUGGAUCUGUCUUCACUAGGGAAGACACAAGCAAUCUCCAGAUGUAUGGAUGGGCCAAGGACAUAGGGUAACAGAGGAACGGUAACAGAGGAACUGAAACAGAUUGACGUUAGGAAGGAAACGGUGAUGAGUAGACUGAUGAGACUGAAGGCUAACAAAUCCCAGGUCCAGAUGGUCUGCAUCCUAGGGUACUAAAGGAGGUGGCUCUGGAAAUUGAGGAUGCAUUGGUGAUCAUUUUCCAAUGUUCCUUAGAUUCAGGAUCAGUUCCUGAGGAUUGGCGAAUGGCUAAUGUUAUCCCACUUUUUAAGAAAGGAGGGAGGGAGAAAACAGAGAACUAUCACCCUGUUAGCCUAACAUCAGUAGUGGGGAAGAUGCUAGAGUCCAUUAUUAAUGAUGAAAUAGCGGCAUAUCUUGAUAGCAGUAAUGGGAUUGGGCUGAGCCAGCAUGGAUUUACCAAGGGCAAAUCAUGACUAAUCUACUGGAGUUUUUCGAGGAUGUAACCAGGAAGAUAGACGCGGGAGAUCCAAUGGAUGUGGUGUACCUUGACUUUCAGAAGGCAUUCAAUAAGGUACCACAUAGGAGAUUGGGGCAUUGGGGGGGAGAAUAUUGACAUGGAUAGAAAACUGGUUGGCAGAUAGAAAGCAAAGGGUGGCAGUGAAUGGGUGUUUCUUGGAAUGGCAAGUGGUGACUAGUGGGGUGCCACAGGGCUCGGUAUUGGGACCACAGCCGUUUACGAUUUA